AAAAUAGUGUCAAUUGGUUUCAUUGUUGUUGUUUUGUUUGAUAUUUGAAAAGACAUAACAAAAACAAAACAAAGCAACCAAAAUAAGGUUUCAUUUCGGCUAAAGCAGCGGUCUCCGGGGUCCACCGUAGCUCAGCUCAGCCACUUCUCCGACGAACUCCUUCUCUCUUCUCCCUCUCACACCAGAUCAGCUGCUGUAGAGGGAAGAAGAGAGUGUUGUUGAGGUUGUUAAACUUUCGAGAAGUGUUGCUGAGGUUAAACUUUCGAGACGUCUUGCUGAGUGCAAACAAGAAGCUCAAGUUUGACACUUAUUUUGUCAAAGUGGUUGUUGCUAUCACCGGACGAUCUUUAAGAAAGACGACUCAUUGGGUAAAUUGCCUGUUAUUAGGUUUUGUUGAGUGAUAACAAAUCAUUAUGGCUGUUGCCGAGAGGGGCAGCAGCAGCGAAGGCUCAACUUCAUUCAAUUGUUACAAAGUAGCAAACUUGACCGAAACCAUAUUGAACGCAAAGCAAACUUCCAAUUUGAAAGACCGAUACAUUCUUGGGGAGCAGUUGGGCUGGGGACAAUUUGGUGUCAUUAGAACAUGCUCAGACAAAACAACCGGAGAGGUUUUGGCAUGCAAAUCAAUUGCUAAAGAUAGGUUGGUGACUUCAGAUGAUAUGCAAAGUGUUAAACUUGAGAUCGAGAUCAUGGCAAAGUUGUCUGGGCACCCAAACGUUGUAGAUCUUAAGGCAGUUUAUGAAGAGGAAGAUUUUGUUCACUUGGUGAUGGAGCUUUGUGCUGGAGGGGAGCUGUUUCAUUUGUUAGAGAAGCAUGGGAGGUUUUCUGAAUCUGAAGGCAUGGUUCUCUUUAGACAUCUAAUGCAGAUGGUUUUAUACUGUCACGAAAACGGCGUUGUUCACCGAGAUUUGAAGCCCGAAAACAUUCUCUUAGCAACUAAAUCCUUCUCGUCUCCAAUUAAAUUGGCCGACUUUGGUCUUGCGACCUACAUUAAGCCUGGACAGAGUUUGCAUGGUUUAGUUGGGAGUCCAUUUUAUAUAGCUCCAGAGGUAUUGGCGGGUGCAUAUAACCAGGCUGCGGAUAUUUGGAGUGCUGGGGUUAUUCUUUACAUUCUGUUGAGUGGGAUGCCGCCGUUUUGGGGGAAGACAAAGUCGCGAAUAUUUGAAGCUGUUAAGGCUGCCGAUUUGAGGUUCCCUCCUGAACCUUGGAGUCGGAUCUCUGAAUCUGCUAAGGAUUUAAUAAGGCGAAUGCUUUGCGUAGAAUCUUCUCAAAGGCUCACUGCCCAAGAGGUUUUGGACCAUUGCUGGAUGGAAAGUGAUCCAACAAAUCUGGAACAACUAAGUGAAAAUAGAGUCGAAAAUUGCGGAGAGUGGCAUGUCGGCGGCGACUCAUUCUCUUCAUUUAUGUCCAGAAAUAAUGACAUCAGUUUUGGCGGUGGUUCACCUGCAUGCGACGCUCAAUCACCUAUGUUCUCAUGCAAAUCAUCGUUUUCUUCCAUUUUCGUGGAACCAGUGACGCCUUUUUCUGCUUCUGGCGGGUUUUCAUUUCAAAGCUCGGGAGGUCCAAUUGGUUUGGAAUUUUCUACUCCUGUUUCCUCUAUGCCUAGCUUUGCAUUUCUCAGCCCUAGUUCUUCUGUCGAGCAAAAGAGUCUUAUAUUCGAGUUCGAUUCUAACGCGUCAGAAGUAAAUGCUAUUGCUAAAGAUUCUCCUCUUUGCCUUGGAAAUGAUGUUAAAGAAAAGGAUCACAAGCCUAUAGAGACUAAAAGGGCAUGCGGAACAAAUUGUAACCGGACAUUGGGAUUCCACAGCAAGAGAAACCGGACAAUUGGACUCGGCGAGUGUGAGCAACUUGAUCUUGUGGUGACCGAAUCCGUCAUUCGAUGGUUAUCAUGCACACAACUUCCUACAUCACCAAAUUCAUCUCUUGUCUGUUGAAAGGAUAUAUUUCUGGACAGAUUGGUCUGGUGUGGUGCGAAUUUUGCCUGUCUAACAGAUUGUACAUCUUUCUUAAGUUUGCAUUGUUGUGGUUAGUUGUGGUCUGGUUUGUGCGAGUUGUGGUUUAGUUGUUUCUAAUCUUGUUGUGGUUCUAAUUGGUCUGUUAUUGCGAACAUUUCAUUUGUGUUCUCAUGUUGAUAAUUAUCAUGAGUGAGUUACGAGAAUUUCGCCGAAAUUGAAUCUUGAUGGUAAUCAAGUGUUACUUUGGUGUAAUUGAAAUGUUUGGAAAUGAACUGUAAAUUAAUGUGUUAAGUUAUUGUAAGUAUAAUUCUGUUGUGGGGAGGUGAUUUUUGGUAA